UCGUUACCUCUGAAGCAUGACAAGACUUGUUCAAAAUAAGAUUUAAUGACAAACUCUGAAUAAAAAAUUCAUCAUAGAUAACAAUGGAGCUGAGUGAAGAGCAGCUGAAAGUGGCUGAGACUCAGCUGAAGAGAUAUUUACCUCGUUCAAUGAUGGUUUAUGGUCUCCUGAUGCUCAGAAACAGAGUCCCAUCAGAUCCUAUAGCAGUUUUUGUGGACCGAUGGCCUGACUUUAACGUCCUAAUCUCUAGACCACAAUGUGAACAGAGAGCCGAUCUCUUCAAAGACAUUCUGAUUUUUGCAAAUGAUGGAAAAAUUCUAGAAGAAACCAUCAGGAAGUCCUCUGUUAUUGACUGGAGCAGGUACCUUUGCUUUGGAUGCAGUCAACAAACCGCUGAGAUUCUCAAAGCCGUGGCAUCAGAGAAAGGCGUGCCUGGCUGCCAGCUCGCAUUGUGUCACAUGAUGAUUCUGGAGGAUGUGUCCAACCUUCCUGGUGUAGACAGCUCGAGGAUCUCUCUCAGCUCUCUGAAUGAAUCACACAUCAGCUUGGUGAAUCAAACAUGGAAGUUUGGAGAGAGCGAAAUUUCUAUCAGUAUGAUUCGAAACAUGGUCACAAACUUCCCCUCCUGCUGUGUCCUGGAUGCUAAAGGAAAGCCCGUGGCCUGGAUCCUGGUUUAUGGUAGCUGUGCGAUGGGAAUGUUGUACACGCUGCCAGAGCACAGAGGGAAAGGUUAUGCCAAAGUCCUGAUCUGCAGCAUGGCCAAGAGACUCCACGCUGAGGGAUACCCGGUCUACUGCUUCAUAGAGGAGGACAACACCGUCUCCUACAAGAUCUUUAAAAACCUGGGCUUCACUGAGGAUCCUUCAUACAGGGGGGAGUGGUUUGACUUUAAUGAGCUUUAAAUACCCUGGAGGAGGAGGUUGUAUUAUGUACUGUAAGUGUAAUAUAGCAUCUCAUCAAUGGUUGAGUCUCUAACCUGACAUCAUCAAAAUAAAAUCUGAUCAUAAUAAAAGUUGGAGCAGGUUUAUGUGGGUACCAGAUAAGUUGAAAGGUAAAAAAAGACCCAAUACAUUAAAAAAUAAAACCAUAAUACAUCAGCAUUUUCACUGAUUUUGUUGCAGUUGUAACAUUACUUUCCAGUUUGCAUCAAAAGUUUAAGCAGUUUUAGCUAAGCCCCACACAUGACAUUACAUCAAUGAGGGCAUGGGGACAGAAAUUUUAUUCAUCAUGAAUCGUGUUACGAAAGAGAAAAAAAAUUGUAGUUUAGCUCUGCCAUUUAACUUUUUCCCCUGAAUUGACUGGUGGACUCAAAGGGGGGGGCAGAGGGCUAGUUGCACCCUCUCUUAUGCCCCUGAAAAAACCUGAUAAUGUGCCCUCCAAGUACCUAAAAUUUGAGAAAGUGCUCCCUUUAGUUCCCUCUAAUUGGACAAUAUUUGGAAGACUGCCCAGUUAAGUGCUCUCUUAGAAGACAGUAUUUAAAAAAGUGCCCUCCUUUUGGACAAAAUUUGAUCAAGUUUACUUUUUAGUGCCCUUUAAGCCAACCUGGGGUCCCAGACUCCCUUGAGGGGGGGCGUUUACUCAAACUACCCAUAUAAAUGGUUCAUAUCAAGGUCUUUUGCUUAUAACAUUUGUGGUUUGGGCUAUUGUCUUUGGCUUUAAAGGAUGAAAACAAUUAAAUUUAUGUGUAUUUUUGACAGCAA